CUAAAUGAUGGUGAAGGUAUUUCAUGCUGCCUUGUUUUAACACUGAGCCAUUUGUGAAUAACUUUGGAUUCUCCAGUCAGUGUGGAGAAAUCCAGGGACUAAUUCCAUAUUAAAAUUUCCGCAUGUUGGGACCUGACUUUGUUCAAUCAUAUGUUAAAAUCAGGCAAGUAUGGUGUUACCCCAAACUACAAACCCCUCACGUGCUCUAUUUCACAUGUGUUUAUGUAUCAAGGCCUGUGAAAUGGGAGGUGCCAGCAGCGUUACAGCUGGUCUUUGUAGUGUAGUCAUGCAGAUCCCAUACCUGUUCUCCAUCCGCACUUCUCCAAGCACUCAGAAGGUGUGUUUCUAGUUGAAAGAGAAGGACACAGCCAAACUGGAGCAUGAGGUUUCCUUGCACAGCCCUUGGAGACACUGUGCAUGAGGUCUGCAAGAGUCUUACCCUGAAAUCCGCAGCAGCCUGGACAUGGUGGAAAUCCACAACCAUAGUAAGGGAAGCUACAUUUAGAUGCUGUUUACAGCAAUAAAGAGAAUAUUACAUUUGAUCCAGAGCUUUGUGUUAAUUCACAGGAUGAGAUGCGAACAGAAGCUCGUCGAAAAAAUCUCCUCAUUCUAAUUCUGCAUUAUUUAAUGGAGAAAGGGUACGUUGAUGCUGCAUAUGCUUUGGAACAAGAGACGAAAUUAAGUUUACGUGGCUUUGAAGUUUGUGACAACAUUGAUCUUGAGACAAUUUUGAUGGAAUAUGAAAGCUAUUACUUUGUAAAAUUUCAGAAGUAUCCUAAAAUUACCAAAAAGGUCCCGGACACUGCAGAAAAUAAACAACAGCUGAGAACUAGGGGAAGACCAAGAAGGGCAGCAAGCUCUUUUCAUAACCUCCCAAGGCUCAGACAUCAGACAGUGCAACAACCAUUGUUAACAACCUCCUCUGGAAGUGCAGCAGAAUUCAAAUCUUUCACCAAGAAGAGCCCCAGCCAGAAUAAUGACAGUGCAGUUACUCUGGAGCAGUCUGACUUUGGCUUAAACAUCUCAGCAAUCAGCAAAAGUGGAGGAGAUGGCACUCACACAAGAAGGGUUGGUGGAAACCUAGGCCAGGUAACUGACUUCCAUGGGAUGAUUCAGGAUGCUGUCAAAGUAUCAUCAAAUGGAAUAGUCUUGAACAGCCUUAACUGUGACCCGGAUCCAUCAGAACGAUUAUUAAAACCCCUUAGUGCUUUUAUUGGCAUGACUGGUGAGAUGAGAGAACUUGCAACAGUUGUAAGCAAAGACAUUUAUCUCCAUAAUCCAAACGUGAAGUGGGAUGAUAUUAUUGGGCUGGAUGCGGCUAAAAGACUGGUCAAGGAAGCAGUUGUUUAUCCUAUAAGGUACCCACAGCUGUUUACUGGCAUUCUGUCUCCUUGGAAAGGAUUAUUGCUGUAUGGACCACCAGGUACUGGGAAAACUUUGCUUGCUAAGGCUGUUGCCACAGAAUGCAAUACAACUUUUUUCAACAUAUCAGCAUCCACCAUUGUCAGCAAAUGGAGGGGUGAUUCAGAAAAACUUGUCCGGGUAUUAUUUGAGCUUGCCCGGUACCAUGCUCCUUCCACAAUUUUCUUGGAUGAGCUGGAGUCAGUUAUGAGUCAAAGAGGCACUGCUCCUGGUGGUGAACAUGAAGGAAGUCGACGGAUGAAAACAGAAUUACUGGUGCAGAUGGAUGGCUUGGCCCGAUCUGAUGAUCUUGUAUUUGUUUUAGCAGCUUCCAAUCUGCCAUGCAGUGCACUCUGUGUGUGGUGGAGGACAGUGAGGAAGAAGAGCAGAGGAUGGUGUGGGGAAGCCCUAAGAGGAGCCCUAAGACAUGGAGUGAGACCAAGCCCUCAGUUUAUGUGGAUUCUGCUCAGGCCAUUUGCACAGGAGGGUGGGAAGGAGCUGGAUUCUGCCAUGCUGCGGCGGCUGGAGAAGAGGAUAUUGGUUGACCUCCCAAGCAAAGAGGCACGGCAAGUGAUGAUCCAGCACUGGCUGCCCGCUGUGAGCAACAGCGGAGGAGUGGAGCUGAGAACAGACCUGGACUACAGCUUGCUGGGCCAGGAAACGGAUGGGUACUCCGGCUCUGACAUAAAACUCGUGUGCAAGGAAGCAGCCAUGAGACCUGUGAGGAAAAUCUUCGAUGCUCUAGAAAAUCAUAAGCCAGGUAACCGUAACUUACCUGUGAUCCAAUUAGACACGAUUACCACAGCAGAUUUCCUGGAUGUGAUCACCCACACCAAGCCAUCAGCAAAGAAUCUAAGCCAGAAGUACGCUGCUUGGCAGAGAGAAUUUGAGUCAGUUUAAAAAGGAAAAAAUAAAACAACCCAAAGAUUGAAAACUUCCAAGACUUCUGCUAUCCAAGUGCUGUUGUUUCCAGGAAAGAGAGUGCGGACACAAAAGUCAAGGGGAAUCUUUGCUUUCAAAAACGGUGAACCUUUUUGAAACCUUUUA